CAUCUCCAAUUCCCCUCGGGCCUGGCCAUAUCUCCAUCUCUCUUCUCCCCCACCACUUCUUCCACCUCAGGCCGCUGCCACGGCGAGGCCGGCGUGGUGGUGCGCCUCCGCAGCCCAGCCACCACCAUCUCCAUCCAUCUCCACUGCGCCACCAUCCACAUCAGCGCCGCUGCGCCAUCCAUUCACCAGCACCACCAUCGCCUCCUGCCACCACUCCACCAGCGCCGCCACCAGCGCCCACCUCGCGAGCCCCUCCUUCUUCCUCUCGACCUCCUACUGCUGCCUUCUCUUCUUCCACGCAACCUGCUGCUGCUCCUUCUUCCUAUUCGCCCCUGCUGCUCUUCUUGCUGAAGCCCUCUUUCCUUGCCCCGCUGCUCCUCCUCCUUCAAUCCCUUUGCCGCUGUUCUUCUCCUUGUCCCUACUACUGCUGCUGAACCGCUCCUCCUCUUGUUGUGUCUCUGCUGCUCGCUGCUACUCUAGCUGCUGCUCCUAGUUCUUCUCUGAACGAAAACUGCUGCUGCUUCUCUCCUCUCUUACUUCUUGCAAAUUUCUGAAAACUGCUAGGUGAACCUUGUGUACUGUUCCGAACAAUUAAUUUGUGCCUUGAGAUGCUUAUGUAAUAUUCAGAUUUGAAGUGUACUUGCAACCUGAUGUUUGCUCUGUUUAAGUACUUGUAUAAUAUAGUGCAUGUGUUCUGAGAUCUGACUAGUUGAGGCUUUGUUACUUUGAGAGAUACUUGAUCUAUUAUAUUUUGGUUCUGUCAAUUAGUAUUCUGCUAGUAUAUGUGUGUGUGUGUGUAAUUCAUCAAAAAUAUUGUUGUGUGCUGAUGAUUAGUGUCCGGUUUACUGUUUUUGUGAUAUAUACAUAUAUGUGUGUGUUAAGUUCAUGUCCUUUUUACUUCUCUUGUCAUUGAUGUUAGCUUGUGUUAGUAUCUUAAUUUCUCAAGAAUUACAAAAAUACCAAAAAGAAAGUUAGUAAAAUCUGAAUCUACCUUUGCUUAUCCGCAUUUCCAUUGGCGACAAUCUUGAUAGUUUAGGUUUAUUUUCUGUUCCCUUCAUCUGAAUUGUAUUACCGUGCUUUAGCCGAAUAUAGUUGCCGUCGCCUAGUCCCUGAGGAGAGCACGACACUCGUAGUUUGGGGCGUAAAAACCCCGCUAUAUUACAAUUGAUCAUUUUGGCGCCGUUGCCGGGGACUAGCAUCGAGCGAUUGUGCGAAGCUAUAGACUAGGCUUAGUAUAGUUUUUGUUUAAAUUUUCAGUCAAAUUUAUUUCUGUGUUUCUUUUAACUUUUUACUUUUUGUUGCUUCGGCUUAUUAGGAUACUAACCCUCUCACCUGUGUUUGAUGUUUGUGAGCGUGUGUAGGAUAUCUUACUAUUUGUAGGCUGAUUGAUAGUUGCACUUGAACACAUGGCUUUAGUACGUGAUCUUUGGUUGCCAAGUAGUUUGGACACGAUGACAGGGCCAAUUUGGCCAUCUAUUGUGGCCGAAAAUUUUGAGUUGAGGCCUGGACUUAUUGCUCGUCUUGCAGAAUCACUUUAGAGGAUUACCCAAUGAAGACCCUCAUGAGCACAUUAGUAAUGUUCUGGAGUAUGCCAAUACAGUCCAGUACCAUGGCGUUUCCCAAGAUGCUAUGAAGUGUAUGUUGUUCACAUUCUCUCUCAGAGAUGCUGCUAAGGACUGGUAUUAUUCUUUGCCAUCAAGAUCAUGCACUUGGGGUGAUAUUUCGCAAGCUUUCCUGCAUAGAUAUUUUCCACUUUACAAGCAAGCCGCAAUUCGUGACCAGAUCCUCAGUUUUGCGCAAGAUGGAAGUGAAAGCUUGUAUGCUGCUUGGGAGAGAUAUAAGUAUUUUGCUUAGAAAAUGUCCUAAUCAUGGGUAAAAGGAUUGGUUAGUGCUUCUGAUAUUCUAUAGAGGGCUGACACAUGCUUCAAGAGAUCUUAUUGAUAUGUCAGCUGGUGGAACAAUCAUGAACAAGACUGUCGAGGGUGCAAUUAUUCUCAUUGAGAGCAUUGCCUUCCACCAAAUGCAAUGGGGUUAUGAAAGGCCUAGUUCAAAUCCGAAGGUUGCAAGCUGUGUGCAAUCAGAAGCUGUGUGUUCCAUAAGUGAACAGAAAUCAUCCAUGGUGCCUAAUAUUCAAAACCAGCAUGUUUUAUUCCAGGGACAACAACAUUUCAGAAUUGAAUUAGAGCCUCCAUAUGGAAACAUUGAUCCUACUUCAAUUAUCCUUGAUGAUUAUUAUGAUAUUUUCCAAGAUGAUGCAACCACUUUAGAUCAGAUGGAUACCACAGUAGCAGAUCCAAUACCUCAUGGCAGUGAAACUGUUCAGAAUGAGUCAAAGUUGCAAGAAGAGGUUUAUGAGGAACCUACUCUGAUUGACGCUAAGUUGAGACAGCAAGAUAUGGAGAAAUUCACUUGUGUUAGUCAACUAUGUGACUGGUGGAAUUUAGUCGUGUCACCAAUUGCCCACACUUGUGUUACAACUGUAUCUGGACUAUUUGUCAAGAAGAAAUCAUUAGCUCCACCAGUGUUUACCUCUAUCACAGUUAAAGAGAGUAUCUCAGAGAAGAAUAGUGAAGAUGGGAUUCCAACUCCUGCACAUAUAAUUAAGCAAGUCGGAGACAUUCCAAGGAGAGAGAUACAAGAGGUUGAGUCAAAUUUAGAAGAGCUGAUACUUCAAUAUCCUGAGAAUAUCCCAUGUGUUGCUGAGCUGCAUGAAUGGUGGAAGUCAUCGGUGCCUCUGUUGAAACUUAGCAGUGAUGGUGAUGAGGAGAACAUUGCUCAGAAAGACAGCGAGGUAGUGAUCUCAGCACCCCUACCAGAUCAUGUUAGUGAAUAUUCACAGAUGGGGACAUUUCGGACUCAAUUAGGUGUUGCUGGUAGUAGCACCAUAGAAGAUCCAGAGGAAGAGAGACCUCAACUUGAAGAAGAAAUACUCGAAGCCAAGGCACAAGAUGAUCCAGAGCUCAACUACCCAAGUGAUCAAGUCGAAGACCUUGAAGAGCCAAUGUAUAUCCUUCCUGAAGAAGUAAAAGAAAUUGUUGUAGUUGAACUUGAAGAACCAGAAAUUCAUUUGCCCAUCGUCAUACAAGAGCAUGAUGUAGCAGGUUUAUCUAAUCCUCUCGAUGACAUGCGUCCUUAUGAUUCCUUUGCUUCUACCUUGCAUUGCAUGAUGCCAUCUGUUAAAGUAGAUUUGAAGAAGCAUUUGCUUGGAUAUGAUCAUAUAUACCCUGUUAGUGGCAUUACUCUCAUUUGUGAUGAUCACAGGUACUUUCCUCAUGCUAGUUCUAUGCUUAAUGAAACAUAUCAUUCCCGCCUGUCACGCGGGUGACCCGGGUUCGAUCCCCGGCAACGGCGCCAAAAUGAUCUAUUAAAAGUGCGAUGAGGCACUAUAAUCGUCAAGAGUCCAUCCAUGUGGCUAUUGAGAAGAGAGAAGGGCAGGAAAGAAGUGAAGAAAGGGACAUGAGCAUCAAGGAAAGAAGAAACCGGGGGCCAAAACUUAAGAUGGAGGGGAUCUACUUGGGAAGAAAGAAGGAAAGGAGAAGGGCCAAAUCAGAAAAGUGGCAGACUAGAGGAGGGGUCAAAAUCCCUAGCAGCAGCCCCGAUCCCCUUUGGGCCUGGCAUAUCCGAUCUCUCUCCCUCUCCCCUUCUUCUCCACCACCGGCCGCCGCCACGGCCAGGCCGGCGUGGUGGUGCGCCACCCAGCACCUCCACCCGCUCCACUUCACCACCGAGCCACCGCUGCCAUCCAUCACCACCAGCACCACUCUCCACCUCGCUGCUUCCCCCAAUCUACUGCUGCUCUUUCCAACACCCGUUGCUCUCUGUGUGUGUGCAUGUGCGUGUGUUGGUGUGUGUGAGUGUUCGUGCGUGUGUGUGUGUAAUUCAUAAAAAACAUAUUGUUGUGUCCAGUGAACAAUUAGUGUUGAGACUUGUUCAAUUGCAAAUUGUUUUGUGCUAGAUUUAUA